AUGUCAAAAAAACUAUUAUUUGAUCAAUUUCUAUUAGUUUCUUUAAAGGAGGUUGAAAAAGAUGGAGCAAAUGGUGGAGUACAACAAUCGAUAGUACCAUAUGUUAAAGAUAUAUAUCCACCAGAUACAGUCGAUCCAAAUGUACCAUUGUUUUGUUUUCCUGAAGAAAUAGAUAAAACAUAUAUUCAAUACAGUGGUACUAGUACUAGAGUUACAGAUAGUAUGUUUACAUUUGUAUUAACAGAUAGAGAAGGUAAACAACAGUUUGGUUUUACAAAACGUAUUUUAACUCAACAACCUCAACAACCCGAUGGUAGCGGUGGUAAUAAAAUAUUGGAAUGUUUAUGCAUAAUAAGUCAUCAUGCAUGGUCAAGCACAUUUGGAUCAAUGUUGGAAAUAUUGGAAACUCGUUAUCGUGUUUCAAUAGACGAGAUUCAUAAUUUCUUAGCCGCCUCACUCCUAUCAGUUAUACCAGCACCAGGUGACUCCUUUACUGUUUACAUUUAUGACAAUCCUUUCAUCUCUGAUAAAAAACCAACAAAUUUACCUGUAUCAUAUACUUUAAAAAGACCAGUUUCAACUGAUAAAUCUUCAUUACAUGAUGGAACAUUACAACCAUUAAUUGAAACAUUAAGUUCACAAAAAUUAUUACACUUAUUUAUAUCAUUAUUAUUUGAAAGAAGAGUUAUAAUUUAUUCAGAGAAUAUUAAUAGAGUUAGUAAAUUUAUAAAUGCUAUUGUAUCAUUAUUGGAUCCAUUUGCAUGGCAACAUAUAUUCAUUCCAAUUUUACCAAGAUCAUUAUUGGAUUAUUGUACAGCUCCAAUGCCAUUCAUAAUUGGUAUUCAUUCAUCACUAUUGGCACCAAUUAGAAGAAAACCAUUGAAUGAAAUAGUUUUCGUCGAUUUAGAUAAGGAUCAAGUUUUACCUUUACCAGAAGAUAUUGCAAUUUUCCCUUCAAUUUUAUUACAACCUUUAAAACAUUGUUUAGAAUUACAAAUACUUGAUUGGAAAAAAAAUAAACAUUAUGAUAAUAAAAUAAUAGUUGAAACAUUUAGAAAAUUUUUUGUAACAGUAUUGGGUACAUAUAGAAGGUUCUUUUUAAAGGAUAUGGAUAAAAAGAAAAUGAUUUUUGAUAAAAUUUCUUUCAUUGAUUCUCAACUUAUAACUCCAACAAAGUUCUUUAAUGUAUUUUGUUCAUCACAAAUGUUUGAAAGAUUCAUAGCAGAGAGAGAAGAGUAUUAUUUUAAAGGUGUUACACCCCCAGGUAUUUUUGAAAAAGAAGCAGUAAUUUAUGAUUUAAAACAUCCUGUUACAGCUUCAAUUAAUAAUACCCUUAGAAAUAAAGAAAAAGAAAAAGAAAAAGAAAAGGAAAAAGAGAAAUUAGCUAAACAAGUACAACAACAACAAAAACAAUUACAACCUCAACAAUCUCUCUCUGUUAUGAAAUCACCAGCUUCAAACCCACUUAAUGGUAGAUUCAAUGGUAGUGUGGAUAGAUCUUUCUUGGCUUCUUUAAUAAAUGGUAUAAAUAGUAGUAGUAGUAAUAGUAAUGGUAGCAGUAAUAAUAAUAAUAAUAAUAAUAGUAAUAGCAGUAAUAACGGACCUCCACUUGCUUCGGUAUCAGUAACUUCAAGUACUGUAACUAAUAACAGUCGUGGUCAGGUAAUAAAUAAUAAUAAUAGUAGUAAUAAUAGUAGUAAUAAUAUUAAUAGUAGCAGUUUAAAUAGAGGAAAUACUAAUGGAUUUAAUACAGCUUCUGGUUUAGUUAGUAGCAGCAACAAUUUAGGUGGAAAUGGAAAUAACAACAACAGCAACAAUGGUAAUAGUCCACCAUUAUCAAAUGUAGGUAGGUCGAAAACAGUUACAAUCGCAGAUUUAAAACAACAACAGCAGCAACAACAAACUCAACCAAUUCCAACAUCAUCACAUUCAAAUUUAAUUACAGCAACAUUAAGCGCACAGAGAUCAAAUUUAGCAUCAUUAGCAAAUGGAAUAUUGAAUGCUGGAGCAUCAAUUACAAAGAGUACAUCAACAUCAUUUACAAUGGGUAGUCCAUCUCAUGGUGGUAAUAGUGGUGGCGAUUCAUCACUAAAACCAUCCCCUUUAAAAUCAUCUGUAUCACAUCAUAAAUCAUUAUCAGAUAUUGCAAAUAGUAUAAUCCCACUUAAUCAUAUCAUUAAUAGUCAUUAUAAUAAUAGUGGAUAUAGUAAUUUAAAUAAUUUACCUGUCAGUGGUAGUAAUGCGAAUAAUAACAAUAAUAAUAAUAAUAAUAUAAACAAUAAUAACAACAACAACAAUAACAAUAACAACAAUAACAAUAACAACAAUAACAAUAACAAUAACAAUAACAAUAACAACAACAACAACAACAAUAAUGUUAGUAAUAACAAUAACAACAAUAAUGUUAGUAAUAACAACAAUAUAAACAACAAUAAUAAUAUUAAUAAUAAUAUUGCAAAUAAUAAUAAUAAUAAUAAUAAUAGUAAUAACAAUAAUAUAAACAAUAAUAUAAACAAUAAUAAUAGUUUUAAUAGUAGCGCAAGUGUUGAUAGAAAACAAAUUCUAUCAAAUCAAAGUGAAUCAUUAUCAAAAUUACCAUCAUUAGUAUUAAAUGGAUUAAUUACAAAAAGCAGAUCAUCAUCAACAGUAGGUUUAACAAGUAUAAAUAAUAAUAAUAAUAAUAAUAAUAAUAAUAGUAAUAAUAAUAAUAAUAAUAAUAAUAAUAAUAAUAAUAAUAAUAAUAAUAAUAGUGGUAAAUUAACAAGCAGACCAUUAAGAAUAUUUAUACCAAUGAAAUCAAUACCUUGGGAAUUAUUACAUCAAAAGUUUUCACCUGAUGAUAAACAUCACUUGAUGGUUGAGGAUAUUCAUGAGUUUUUAUUUCCACAAUCACCAACAUUACCACAUAAACAAUUGGUUAGUCAGUCUGUUUCUAAUUUAGGUAAUUUACCACCAAGAAAGGAUAGUAAUUCAUCACCACCACCAAUUAUUACAAUGAAUGGUUCAAAUUUUACACCAACAAAUUUAGAGUUUGAAGAAUUUAAAAGGUGUGCUUCUGUCGAUAAAAACCUAUUUAAAAUACCUGAAACCCCAUCACAAUUUUCAAUUCCAUUAUCAAUUUCUAAAAAAUCUGGUCUAAAUAAUUCUGGUGGAUCUUUAAAUAACAGUGGUGGUGGUGGUGGUGGUGGUAGUAGUGGUAGUAGUGGUGGUGGUAGUAGUGGUGGUGUUAAUACAAACAAUAAUAUUGGUUUUAAUAAUUGUGGUAAAGUUUUAAUGCCACCACCAGAUUCACCAAAUCCAGUUUUGAGUUUAAAGCUUUCUCAUAGAGGACACCAAAGAUCAUAUUCAACAGUUAAUCCAGUGGUUAGAACUCCAUCUCUAUUGGGUUCAUCAUUCGAUCCAAAUCAAAAUAGUAAUGAUACAACUAAUCAUUGUGAAUUCCCGCAAGUAACUUCUUCAAAAGUUAUGGAGGUAUUGGGUACAAGCUUAAAACAUUCCUCAUCUUUACCAAAACCAUUAAUUGUUAAAUCAAUUCAAGAGGAACAGAUUUCAACACCAAUAAAUACAAGUAAUGGUGCUGAUGAUUUUAAUCCAUUACCACCACUUUCUUCAACUAUUGGUAGUGUUUCUUCUGCAAUUAAUGUUAGUGGUUCAUCACCUGCUCCUCAAUCUAUUAAUAACACUAAUAACAUCAUCAAUAACAACAACAACAUUAACGGAAGUGACACAACUUCAAUUGUAAAUAAUAAUAAUCAAACUAAAAAUAGUGGUAGUGACUUCUUCUCAAAUAAUCCUUUGGAAACUCAUAUUACAACAUCACCAUUACCAAUAGGUGGAGGUGGUAGUCAAGUUGAUAAUGGAAAUAAAUUUUUUACAGAUGGAUGGCCACUUGGUGAACCAACUUCAACACCUCAAAUUAGUAACAAUAACAAUGGCAUAGCUCAAUCUGGUGAGGUUUUCUUUUCACAAUUUGUUUCAGCUCAACAACCUUCAUCAAUUUCUGGUUCAAAUAAAAUACCGUCAGUUUCAAGUACAAGUAAUAAUUUAAAUAAUAAUAAUAACAACAAUAUUAAUAAUAGUAAUUGUAGUAGUUUUUCAUCAACAUCAUCAAUAUUACCACCAUUAAUAAAUAGCUCUGGUAUGAUUCCACAAGCAUCUUAUCACUCUUCAAACUUUUUCGAUCAAUCACCAUUAUCACAAUCAUCGGCAUUCAAUGAUUUUGGUCCACCAACCCCUUCAAUGUAUCAUAUGUCUUCAAGUAACCCUGGAACAUUUUUAAAUAAUAAUAAUAAUAAUAAUAAUAAUAAUAAUAAUAAUAAUAAUAAUAAUAAUAAUAAUCCAUUACCUCCCUUAAAUAAUUCUGGUAAUAUUAUAAAUAAUAACAAUAACAACAAAGCAGUUAUUGAUGAAACCUCUAUCGAUGAGUUUGAUAUGUUUCUUGCUUUAAGAAAUAAAAAUAAAAAUUAA